GUUGCAGUCGGUGUCCAGCCAGAUGGGGGGAAGAGCUCGCCACUUGAACAGGUGGAUGAGGACCUUGCAGUGACGCAAAGUCAGAUGAACUUUGUGUGCCCCAUCACGCAGGUAGAAAUGAAGAAACCUGUCAAGAAUAAGGUCUGUGGGCACUUCUACGAAGAAGAAGCCAUCCUGGACCUGAUCCGACACAAGGAACAGCGUGACAAGAAUGCCUGCUGCCCCAAGGUUGGCUGCAGCAACCUCACCGUCAGGAGAUCAGACCUGGUGCCGGAUGAAGCCGUUAAGAGAGCAAUCGACAGUCAGAGUAAACAGAGCCGGCCGGCACAGUAGAAGUCAGCUGGCACUCCGGCGGCUGUUACGACAAAGAAAAUGUGAUGUUGGAAGAGGUCGCCUGAGAUAAGUUGCUGAUUGCCAGGUGGUUGUGUAACCGGUUGUUAUUUCAGAUAUUCCAAUUGCAGGCAAAGUUGAAGGUCUGACCUGUCGCCGAAAGCAUUUUCCUUGCUCCUUGGAGAGUGCCAAGCGUAAAACACUGCCACCCAACCUGUUUUUUAACUCCUUUUU